UCUCUCUAAAAUAACGAGAAAGAUGAACCUUGAAGAUCGCCACAAAACCUGCUGACAUUGAAUGAAUUAAUAAUGAUUAAUUAAUUUAAUUAUAAAAGCAACAAUGUGUGAAUAAAUUGAUUUUAAAACAAGGCGAUUUUUGCACCCAAACACGACGUCGUUAGGUUUCGCGGGCUACGUAUUCCAAUUUCUCGUUUUCCUCCCCGCUUCUCCUUCGCAGUGCUCGCGGAAGACGGAACGAGGGGGAAGCUUCAGCCAAAAACACCAGACUUGAAGCACACAAUGUGUGGAGACGCAACGAACUGGGAUGAGAAUGCAUACAGGGAGAGGAUAUUGAAGGAGCGAGAGAUCCCAACCCUAACCGUUUUUAGAACCGUAUGGGCUCCCUCUCCAAACCCUAGCCCUGACACCGUCGUAGUUGCUUCCAGUGACGGAUCAAUCGCUUCUUACUCUAUCUCCUCUUGCAUCUCCAAGCUUCCAUUGGGUUUUAGCAAUGCCAACGCUCAACAGGUUGAACCUACUGCCUUUCUUCAAGGGCACGAAGGGCCAGCAUAUGAUGUCAAAUUCUAUGGUGAAGCUGAAGAUGCUUUAUUAUUGAGCUGUGGGGAUGAUGGUCGAAUUCGGGGUUGGAAGUGGAAGGAAUUUACACAAUUAGAGGCACCCAUUUCUUUGAAAGGAAUUCACAUACAGCCAGUACUUGACUUGAUGAAUCCCCAGCAUAAAGGUCCUUGGGGUGCUCUUUCCCCAAUCCCUGAAAACAAUGCCAUUGCUGUGGAUAAACAGGAGGGAUGCAUAUUCUCAGCUGUUGGUGAUUCUUGUGCAUAUUGUUGGGAUGUGGAGACUUCUAAGAUCAAAAUGGUUUUUAAGGGACACUUGGACUACUUGCAUUGUAUAGUUGCCCGUAAUUCUACCAAUCAGAUCAUAACUGGUUCAGAAGAUGGAACUGCAAGAAUUUGGGAUUGCAAAAGUGGGAAGUGUGUCCAAGUAAUUGAUUCAGAGAAAGAUAAGAAGUUGAAACGAUCCUCAUUUGUUAGCUGCGUUGCUCUUGAUGCAAGUGAGAGCUGGUUGGCUUUUAGCAAUGGUCAGAAUUUAUCAGUUUGGAAUCUUCCGGCUUCUGAAUGUGUUACAAGGGCUUCUAUUCGUGCAUCCAUACAGGAUGUGAUAUUUGAAGACAACCAAGUUUUAGCUGUUGGAGCUGAGCCUCUACUCAGCCGUUUCGACAUAAAUGGGGCAAUUGUUUCACAAAUACCAUGUGCUCCUCAGUCAGCAUUUUCUGUCUCUAUACACCCAUCUGGAGUGAUUGCUGUUGGAGGUUACGGAGCUCUUGUAGAUAUCAUUUCCCAGUUUGGAAGUCACUAUUGCACAUUCCGCUGCAAAUGUGUGUAGAUAAUUCGUUAUUCUUCUAUAGUUCUGAUGAAUAUUCGGAAUAACAGGUGAGUUUUGUGCACAAAGAUGAGUUGGAAGAAGAUGCCUAGUUAAUGUUGGGAUUUUGUAAGGUUGCUGAAAAUCCUUGGUAUUGAACUUUCGAUUAACACAUUGUUAUCUUAAAGUGCAAUACGUCAAUGGAGCAUGAACUGCUAUAAUCGUAAAAAAAUUUUAAAAUAAAACAUUGUACUAACUUAUUA